AUGGCUCGUGGGCAGUUGCUUCAGAUCCUGAUAAUCACUUCUCUUAACCUGAUAUCUCUAUCAAGUCAACAAGAGACAAGGUUUGUCUAUGAAAACUUUACCUCCCAAGAAAAUCUCCACCUAGAUGCUUCUGCAAAAGUACUACUCCCCAGUGGAUUACUCCAGCUGACAAACAAUUCAGAUUAUCAAAUGGGUCGAGCUUUCCACAAGAAACCAAUUCAGUUCACUUCCUUCUCAACUCAUUUCGUGUGUGCUCUGGUGCCUAAGCCAGGUGUUGAACCUGGCCAUGGUCUUACCUUUUUAGUAUCUGCUUCUCUUGAUUUCUCUAACGCACAAGCAACAAGAUACUUGGGGGCUUUCAACGCAUCAGUAACUCACGCUAUUGCUGUUGAGCUUGACACUAUAUGGAACCCUGAGUUUAAUGAUAUCAAAGGAGGUAACGGUCACGUGGGUAUUGAUGUGACAAAUCCUAUAUCUAUAGCGGUUGCUCAACCAUCUUACUAUUCCAAAGGGAGAAACGUAAGCUUAAGCCUCUUGUCAAGAAACUCUACACAGGUCUGGGUGGAUUAUGAUGGCUCUAUGCUCAAUGUCUCGUUGGCACCUCUUGAUGUCAAGAAGCCAAGUCUACCUCUUCUGUCACAACGAAUCAACUUUUCAGAUGUUUUUCCGAAUAGAUCGAAACUGUUUGUUGGAUUCUCUGCUGCAACAGGGAACGCUGUGAGUGAUCAGUAUAUUCUUUGGUGGAGUUUCAGCACAAGUAAAGGAGGAUCAUCAUUGCAGAGGCUUGACAUCUCAAAGCUUCCUCAAGUUCCUCUUCCUAAACCUCUUCCUACAGUUCAUCCUAAAGCUCCACAUAAGAAGCUUCCUCAGUGGAUUAUAAUCAUGAUAGUUUGUGUGGCUGUUGUGGUGUUGGCUGUUCUUGCAGGAGUUUAUGUCCACCGGAGGAAGAAGUUUUCAGAAGUUUCUGAAACGUGGGAGAAGGAGUUUGACGCGCAUAGGUUCUCUUACAAGUCUUUAUACAAAGCAACAAAGGGGUUUAGUAAAGAUGAGUUUCUAGGAAAAGGAGAGUCCAGACCAACGAUGGAACAAGUGGUUUUAUACCUAAACCAAAACCUUCCUUUGCCGGAUUUCUCACCGUAUACUUUGGGGAUUGGUACAUUUGCUCCGGUUCUGGUUGAUGCUGCUUCUCUUGUAGUCUCAUCCGCUUCAUGGAGUUGGUCAGCUCCCUCUAUGUCUUCCUCUUCGGCUAAUCACUCGCCUUAUGCUUAUCAGGCAACAGAUCAGCCAUGGGGACAGACACUAGAGACUAAGAACUCUCUUCAUAUAGCUGCAGAAUCAGAGAAGCCUAAGACUCAGAGUUUCUCAUCUGCUGUCAAAACUGUGACAUUGCCUGAAGAAGAUCUCGAGUCCAAUCUUUCCAGGAUCAGCAGUCAGAGGUAA